GAAGCCGGGCGGGACGAGCGUAUCUAUGCGGGCGCUGCUCCUGUUCCCUGUGUAGCCUCGCGUGGGAAACGCAGGCAAGACGGACUGGGCCUCUUUUUGCAUAGCGGAUCCGUCUGCUAGUCGCUGCUAAGCAUGGCCGGCUACGAGUACGUGAGCGCCGAGCAGCUCGCCGGCUUUGAUAAGUACAAGUACAGUGCUGUGGACAACAACCCUCUCUCCCUGUAUGUCAUGCAUCCAUUCUGGAACACUGUAGUGAAGAUUUUCCCUAAGUGGCUGGCCCCAAAUUUGAUAACAUUUAGUGGCUUCCUGCUGCUUGUCUUCAACUUCUUUCUCAUGGCAUAUUUUGACCCUGACUUUUAUGCUUCUGCACCAGAUCAAAAGCACGUUCCGAACAAAGUGUGGGUCGUAGUGGGUCUCCUCAAUUUUGCGGCUUACACUCUAGAUGGCGUGGAUGGGAAACAGGCACGUCGCACCCAGUCCAGCUCCCCACUUGGGGAACUCUUUGACCAUGGCCUGGACAGCUGGGCCUGCACAUUCUUUGUGGUGACUGUGUACUCCACUUUUGGCCGAGGACCCAACGGUGUCAACGUUUUUGUCCUCUACCUGCUUCUCUGGGUGGUUUUGUUCUCCUUCAUCCUUUCCCACUGGGAGAAGUAUAAUACAGGGAUUCUCUUCUUGCCUUGGGGCUACGAUAUCAGCCAGGUGACCAUUUCAAUUGUAUACAUAGUGACAUCCAUCAUAGGAGUGGAGGCCUGGUACAACCCUUUCCUGUUUCAUUUUCUAUAUAAAGACCUGUUCGUUGCAAUGAUCGUUGGCUGUGCACUUACUGUGACCAUUCCCAUGAGCUUGAGCAAUUACUACAAAGCCUAUGCCAACAGCACCCUGAAGCACUACUCCUUUUACGAAGCCCUGCUGCCUUUCCUCUCCCCGGUCCUGCUUUUCCUUUUGUGCACCGUUUGGAUCUUCCGGUCACCAUCAGAUAUCCUGGAAACCCAUCCGCGCCUCUUCUAUUUCAUGGUUGGGACAGCCUUCGCAAAUAUCUCUUGUCGACUGAUCGUCAGUCAAAUGAGCAGCACUCGAUGUCAGCCGCUCAACUGGAUGCUUCUUCCGCUAGCGCUUGUUAUCCUUGCAGUGAUGUCAGACUUGGUACCAGAACAGGAAACGAUUCUCCUCUAUUUAGUCACCAUUUUCAUUACGCUGGCGCACAUUCAUUAUGGAGUAAAUGUGGUGAGGCAGCUUAGUAAACACUUCAACAUCCGAACCUUUUCUUUACAAAAGCCCAGCUCUGAUUGACUAGACAUGGAAAAGGCAUCAACAGAGGAAAGCAUCAGCCUGCGGUCUUCAGAGGCACUGUAAAUUUGGUAGCCUGUGUAAAUAUACUUCAACCAUCACCAUGGAACUAGAUAUAAACCACUCUGGAUGGUUUGGGGGCAAAGAACGUAUAGGACCCAGAAGCCAGAGAGGGCUGUUGUUCAUGUCUCCUCCCCUGCUGCUUCAUGCCACCUUUCAGAAAUGUGCAGGCAGUAAAGCCACAUGAUCAGGAGGGGACUUCAUGGAAUCUUCAAAGAAAGAUCAUCAGGCACAAAGGCAUGGGCAGUGGCUUUAGAACCACAAGAUUGCCAUAGAACAGUCAUCAUGGCUAUGCUGAGAAUGUGGGCCCACAAAACUACCCUUGGGAACUGAAGUACAUAAUUAGGGACUGUUCCACAUCCUGAAUCAGAGAUCCAAUUAUACAAGAGGGUUGUGUUGCUGUUUUUUUAAGAAAGAAAGAAUUGACUUUUCUAAAGAGCUUGGAAGUCCUAAUUUCAUUAAGCCAUGACUAUUCAGUUACGUUUUCCCAAAUGCCCUUUUUAUCCUUUCCCUCCAAGUUGUGGCUCAGAUGGAGAGAGAUGGUGCCACAGCAGAUGCAAUAAGUUCAAGCAUUGGGGAGGACUGAGUAACAGCAGGCAUUCUUCCUUCAUGUUUAUUGUAGGAUUAAGAUGUGAUUGCGAUAAACAACAUUACUGUCUUGUGGGAAAAGAUAGGCUUGCAGCAGAAUUGUUUAUUAGGUGUGGUGCACACUCCUUCCAAGUGACACUGCUUUCCUUGGGUACAAUUAAUUGAAUUUUCUCUUGAAAAUAAGAAACACAAGUGAUUUUGAUCCCCACGUUCGGUUUUAGUAGCUGUCCCUAACCAACUGGUUUUUUUUUCCCCAUUUAUUAUCUGGUUGGGAAUCUGUUGAACAACUGAGUGGUGGUGAAGACCCAGCACUGAUUUUUCUCUUCUGUUUGUACCUUAUUUGAUGAAGAAACUUUUUGUGUAUGUGUGCUUAAAUGAAGAGUGCAGCCUAAACCCAAUUUUCUUGGAAAGGCUGCACCCGGAAGAAACUGAGUGCAGAAAAGAUUUUUCAUAUGUAAUUAAUGGCAGGGGCAACUUUAUGGAUGGUUUGAUACAAGAGGGAGGCCCACUCUUUUCAUUUCCCUUUUGUGGAUGACGCAUUCCAUUCUGUAGAAAACGUUGAAUUGUGAAAUUAUUAUUUGUCUUUUCUUUUGUAAACAUGAAACAUUAUGUCAAAAAGCAAAGUUUAUGCAGUGUAAAAUCCUGGGGCUAGUUCUUACCUUCAUUCCUGCCCCUUCUUUUCUGUAAAUAGUUUUAUUUUUCUGAUUCUCAAGUUUUACCACAAAUGCCAUGUCUGGUGUGACAAUGUGCAAGGAAAGCCCUGAUUCUCAAUUUUAGCAGGAAAAAGAAAUUUCUAGGCAUGGAUGGCAAACAAUUUUGAUUUUUUGGGUUGUUGUUUUGUUUUGUUUACUUAAUAUUCCAUUGCUGUGAAACAGAACUUGAAAUGGGGUAAGGAAACUUUUUGUUCUUAUCGAAACACUUUGCACAAGGGGUAGAAAUUGGGUGUAAAGAGGAAUUGAACUUGCUUGAAUAUUUGAUGUUGCAGCAGUUAGAAUAAAAUAAUCAGCUGUCAAUCAUAAGUGACAGUAAGAAACAGGACACUUAGUUAGAGUCUCUUGGAACCAUUUUCUGUUUCUAAGAAGGUGGUCAGUUCAGAGAAAGGGUCUGUCUUUACGGUUGAGUAACAAAUCAUUGUAGGAACAUUCGGUCCUUGGUCUCUUUCUUUGGAAUAAUAGCGCUUGUCUUGGAAACAAAGAGUCGUCAGAUCAAUGGUAUAGUUUUGCACAGGCUACUGUGGCUCGAGAAUCCUUUGGACAGAAAGUGAUGGCUAUCCACAGAAGCCAGUAUUCUUGGGAGGCAGGGUUCCUUAUAUGUAUGCAGGCUUAAUGUGAGCUAGUAAAUGAUUCCUUUAUAUUCUGCCUGGAAGCAUACAUAUUACUUGGGAAUAUCCACGCUUGUCACGGUCAAGAACGUUGCCACUGUAGCUUCCGGCUGACAUUUGCUUUUGCAUUUACUUGCUGGCAUACUAUGAGGCAGAUUUACUUGUCUGCCUUCAUUGGAAAAAAAAUGUGAUUCCACUUUCCUACCUAUCAGGGCUUCUCAAUAAGGAAUUUGGUGCCUUAAAUGACUCUCCUCAAGUUGAGGGAAAAGUCAGCUGUCUUAAAACAUACUUUAAGUGUUGUCCAAGUAAAAGUAUAGCACCUUUAAAGUUGAAAACAGGAAAAUAGGUUUGUGUAUUUUUCUUUAUUUUAUUACUGAUUAAAACUGACUACAAGUUCAGUGAGAGUCAAAUGCACCAUUUGUGGGGUUUAAAGCACCCUGUUUGGGCUCAUCUCAAAUAUUCUGCAAAUAAAGGUACUGAGUAUUGAAAGAGUGGAGCUGGACAUUUUGCUACUUGCUUUCCGCCUUCAAGAGGUUGGUGUAACCAAUGGUUUCAAGUUCUCUCUGAAUCUAACCUCAUCUUGCUUCCUAGAUUACCUCAGUGAAUAGAAGAUGGCAUAGGAUGUGAUGGGGGCAGUUGUAACUAGUUCUUCAGUAAUGUGCCGUUUCCUUGCAUCCUCUUUCGCCAUUUCAAAUAAUAGUCCCAUUUUAGGUUCCGAAAACAAAUGCUUGUUCUGCCUUGAUUGGCUAUUGUCUUGGUAUCUGUGCUUUGGCCCUUCAAAGCAAACCUUGGAAAUGUGGUUGAUGAUUCCUGGGCAAAGCAACUCUAGGGGCCUGAUGCCACAUAGCCCUCUGCAGCCCUGCAAGAUUCAGGCUCUGCUAGCAGAGCUUAAUCCAAAAAGUGGGUUGUACAGAGAGGCAGAUAUAUAGUAGACAGGCACUGGGCUGGGCCCAGAAAUUCCCUGUAUAGCCCUUGCCUAUUAGAACAGUUCAGAACUGGAUAUGAACAGCAAGAAAACCUGUGGAAUGCUGACUAGUUAGAACUGUGAUGAUUUGUGGUUGGUAUCAGUCCAAUGAGAAUUGUGCAUUUGGGCUAUGCUCAGUUUGACUUACCAAAUCAUUCAGGUGGUUAAACCUCACAUAGAUUGCUAACUGUUCUCCACCAUGAUUUCAGGAAAGAGUAUGUUGGAUAAAAAUAUUCCAAGAAGCCUGGCAUCUACCCACAGAUUCAAUGAAGAAUGAGGCCACAAUGUCCCCCACCCCACCCCUCCUAGUGCCAUUUUUGCUUGAAAUGUAAUUCUAGGAUGUAAAGUUUAGUGGUGAUGGUAUUCCAGACCUCUCCACUCAACACUUGUUGAACUGCUCUCAGUUUAAAAGAGAGCAGGAAUAGAUAGGGAUCCAUUCUCUGCAUGUAUGUUGAUUCUGGAAUGCAGGCAAGAUAAGUGCCCUUUUCAGAGUAGGCUCUAUCUGGAAGCAGGAAUGAACCAAACAUCAAUAUCAGACCAGUUGGUUUUCCUUGCUUUCUGAGAAACUCUGUGACUUCGGCAUUUUCAGGAAGCUAUUUUCAGGAAGUUGUCAAGUGAAAGAUGGAAUCAUUAGUUCUUUGUAAUAUGCCAUACUUGGGGGGCCAAAUGUGGAAGAGAUAGCUUUACUUACUCCUGCUUUUUCUCCAGGAGGGAACAUGACAACUGGGUCUCUUUUGGGGAAGAGGGUGUGUGCCUUGGUCUUCAUAGGUGCUGACUGCCAGGAACGGUUCCCCACCCUUCUUGGACAAGGGAACUUCUGGCUUGUAUUCUUUGAAGCACUCAGUCCAGCAGAUUCUGGGCAGUACUAGCUGUGUCACUAGCUGUGUCAAAGCAAAACUGACUGUACAGAUUAUUAUUAUUGUUAGUGGAAAAACUUUCAAUAGGAAACUGUGUAAUGUCAUUGUGGGUUGCUCCGCAAUCUGUCACCCUUCAUUAAGAUUCAUGUCUGUCUUAUAUAUUGUGGGAGGUUGACACUCUGGCAAUGGAUUUGAAUUCUGAUCCAUUAAAUGCUAUUAUUACUGGUAAAUAUUUAUUGUAUUUAAAAACUUCAAAAGCCUAUUAUGACAUAAAACUUCAAUAAAUUUUUCCAAGCUUUUUAAUAUCUCA